UGGCAAUGUGCUAAAUUGAACGGUGAAAAAUACUAGCACAAACAGGAGUCGUAAAUUGUGAUGUUAGUUUUUACUGGUCUCUGCUGUAAUCUUUAAUCUGAUAUUUUCUGAAUAUCUUCGUCACUAAGUUAUUUUUCUAGUCAUUCGUUAUGACAUUCAGAGAUUAAGAAUCAACUGGUGGAACCCGUAUUUUCCCCCCCAGCCGUGCAAUUUCAACAGUCACUUGCAAGUAUCUCGCCGCCGCCGCCGCCUCUACGACCCCCACCACCACUAGUCUCCGCCGUCGCUAUCACACGCUCUGUUCUAUGUCUAUUAACCUUAUGAUAGAAUAGUCUUAACGUGUUUCGCAUCUUCCAUACAUUUGUUCACUCCUUAUUUCCUCCUCCCCUUCUAACAAAGAAUCUAUUUAAACCACACCAACCUAUUCACUCAUAUUGACUGGUACGAUAUUUAUAACCUGGUCGGUGCUAUACGUUUCGUUUUACUCAAAUUCCAAGCCAUUAAUACCUUUUAUAUAACGAUAAAGAUGAUGAUAAAAGUAAUAACAACAAUAUCGGACAUCUGAAUGUCUUUUAUGAAUUUCCAUGUGUCGUUCGUCAUCCUGGAGCAGUCUUCCUGUUUCCCUCACCUUUCUUAGAUUCACGUUUCUCACCUGAUCGAAAUAUUUACUUCACCAAGAAUAUUAGUUUGAAAUAAUUGAUUCCCUUAUUUCGUCUGACCCGUCUCCCUGCCUGAAUCUUCGACUUAGUCUACAGAAUUUUUGGAAGUUAGUUCAUUGCCAGUUUCCAUGGAAACUUAUAGUAGGACUGAUAGUUGUGGUAGCCAAGGACGUUCCAAGCGACCUCGAAGUAUUGAAACUAUAGUGCGGCCAUUCAAGCUUAAUGACAUGAAUUACCGGGAAAUAAUGCAUUUGAUGAUCGAGAAGUUCAAGGAGGGUUUGAGUGCUAAGACUAACCCAAUAGCCUCUGUGAAAAUGUUUCCAACAUAUGUUCGAUCAACUCCGAAAGGAACAGAAGUUGGAGAUUUCCUUGCUCUGGAUUUAGGUGGCACAAACUUCCGUGUACUUCAUAUCAAACUUGAUGGUCAAGACACUAAAAUGGAAAGUAAAAUAUUUCUGAUUCCUCAGAAGAUUAUGUCUGGAACUGGAGCCGAACUCUUUGAUCACAUAGCAGAUUGUAUAUAUAAAUUUGUCAAAGAGCAGCAGCUGUUGACACAUUAUUUACCUUUGGGCUUCACAUUUUCAUUUCCUUGUCGACAAGAAGGUCUUGAUAGAGCAAUUCUUACCACUUGGACGAAAGGAUUUAAGUGUGAAGGAGUGGAGGGAGAAAAUAUUGUGGAAUUAUUACAUGCUGCAAUAAAACGGAAAGGACAACUUAAUAUUAAAUGUGUGGCUGUGAUCAACGAUACUGUUGGAGCCCUGAUGUCUUGCGCCCACAGUGACCGAAUGUGUUCUGUUGGUAUUAUAUUAGGUACAGGUACUAAUGCUUGUUAUAUUGAGAGACUGGAAAAUGUCGACAUUUGGAAUGAAGAUAAAAACGAACCAAAACAAGUUAUAAUUAACACAGAAUGGGGUGCAUUUGGAGAUGAUGGCUGUUUGGACAAGAUUCUAACAGAUUACGACAGGCAGGUUGACAAGCAUUCCAUCAACCCAGGAAAGCAACGAUUUGAGAAGACAAUAUCUGGAAUGUACAUGGGGGAACUUGUCCGUCUUAUACUUGAAAAGUUACGCAGACAUAAACUGAUUUUCAAUGGCGUUGGCUCAGAAGAGUUAUCAACUCGUGGACGGUUUUACACAAAAUAUGUUUCUGAAAUUGAAAGUGAUAUUGAUGAUAGCUUCAAAAAUACUAAACAGGUCUUUCAAGAUCUUAACUUAACAAACUUUAUGGUGGAAGAUUGUCGUAUCGCUCAGUAUGUCUGCUCAACUAUUUCCACACGAGCUGCCUAUUUAUCUGCCGCAGGUACUGCUGCUUUGAUUCACAAGAUGGGUCGAUCUGAAGUUACUGUUGCUGUAGAUGGCUCUCUCUACAGAUUCCAUCCUCAUUUUCAUGACUUAAUGGUAGAAAAAAUUAAAGCACUUUGUCCCCUUACUAGAUUUCGUCUGAUGCUGUCCCAUGAUGGAAGUGGAAAAGGUGCAGCAAUCGUUGCAAGUUGUGCUACACAAGAAGGCCAGAAUCAAAACAACAAUUCUGCAUUAAGGGCGGAAGUUCAUUGAGAAUAAUAGUUAAUUAGAAAUCUGUGUCCAUGUAUGUUUUGGUGUGUGUGUGUGUGUGUGUGUGUGUACAUACAUAUAUAGGUCUCUCUCUCUCUCCUUUUAUAUAUGUAUGUAUGUAUAUAUAUAUAUAUAUUUGUAGAUAGAUGUAUUUGUGUAUAUAUUUAGCUCUGUGUGUGCAUGAAUAUAUAUAUAUGAAGGUAUAUUACACACAUAAUCACUCAUAUAUGCACACAUACAUCUACACAUUCAUACCAAUAUUCUCUUUUACACACACACCCACAUACACACAAAGAGGUCCAUAUAUAUAUAUAUGUAUAUGUAUGUAUAUAUAUAUAUAUAUAUAUAUAUAUGGUUGAAAUAAUGUGUGAGAAUUUUUAAAAGAAAUAGUUUUCAAUUCCAAAAAGAAAAUGUUACUGAAUUUUUUUUUUCUUAAGGAAACAAAAAAAAGAAAAGAGAUUUGUCAGAUUCUGAUGUUGCUUCUCUCAAAGACUUCUCUAGUUGCACCUUACUCGUUGCUACGUAUAAUAGCUACUUUCAAACUCUGCUCCUGGACUGCCGCCCUCAACUUGUUAACUCACUACCACAAAACUCACAAACAUCUGUCUGUGUGUUUAUUUAUAUAUAUAUAUACAUAGGUGAUGGUAUGUAUGUGAGUGUGGAAUACGUGUGUGUAUGUGUGAUUGUGUGUGUGUUUAUAUACACACAUGUAUAUAUAUAUUGUGAAUGUGUGAGUGUCUAUAAAUGUAGCGAUGUAUGUAAAUAUAUAUAUGAAUACACACAUCUGGUGAAAGAGCAAGCGAGGGGGAGAUAAUCGGUAAAUGUUCAGAAAAUAUGAAUAACCAUUAAAAUUAGUCAAAAUAAUUUAUCUUCGUUUCCAUCUUAAUCUUGAUUUUUGGUGGGGUCGGGUAGGGGGAGUGAUAUGUACGUUUUAUUUAUUAUUAUUAUUAUUCUUUUUAAACCUUUUCUAUGCAUAAUUUAUUUGACAUUCUUUCAGAAACGGUAUUUCUUUUCGAGUGCAUUCUUCUUCUCCCUGUUUCAUUUCUUAGGUGUUACUACAGAAGAGCUUUUACGUUUUUAGUAAUCUUUUAGAAUAACAUAUCCAUGUCUGCUAAAACAGUUCUUACAUUUUUUAUGAGACAGAGUUGAUCAGCAUCACUGGUUUCUUUCAUUAAAGCAAAAAGUAUUUAGAAUCUCUGCCAAGUUGAGAAAAAGAAAAAAAAUUAUUCUAAUUUUUUUCUUUUUUUGUGUUUUAAAAGCAUUUAAAAAGAUUUUGGUUCAUAUAUAUAAAUAUCUGAUAAGUACUCUCAUUUUCAUUCUAUCAAGAGUCACAAAAUCUCAUUCAGUUUUGGUAUCUUCCUAUUUAAGGCAGUGAUGAGCUUUUAGAAUUGUUAGAAUGGAAGACAAAAUGCCAAGCAAUAUUUCUUCUGGAUCUCUGUUCUGGUUUCAAAUCUCGCCAUUGUCAACUUUGUCUUUCAUCUUUUUGGGGUUGAUAAAAUAAAGUACCAGUGAAAUACUGGACUCAAUGGCACUGGCUAACCGACUUCCUUUAAAUUUGCUGGCCUUGUACCUAAAUUAGAACGCAUUAUCUCUCCAUUUCGUCAUCUUAAUUGAUACAUUGCCAUGAUACCAUUCUUAGGCAUUCUGCCAUUUGAACAGCAAGGUUUCCCUUGUCUAAUUAGUUAUAUUUAUAAAAUAAGGAUUGGAAACCUUAAUUAUUUCAUCUAAAAUUGAUACUUCAUAAUUCAUAUUGAAUAUCACAGAUGACUUACCAAUAUAUAUUGCAAUAUUUAAAACAAAAAAAAAUUUUCAAAUAUAAACUUUCAGAACAAAUCAGGAAAUUGUUGACAGUUGAGCUUUAAAAAAGUGAAUCUGACGCUUGUUUCUGUUGGAUCUCAUUUAGUAACAAAACAGCAAUCAUUUUUUUUUUUUUUUCCACCUUGAAAAGUUCCUUUUAUUUGUAAAUAGUUCUUAGACCUUUUGUCCCUCUUUAAUGACUUUGGAAACAUUAGAAAUAUCAGUCUUUACCAGACUUUAACAUUGGCAGUAAUUUCAAACACUUUGUCUUAGUUAUCCAAAUGUUCAUAUAAUUAGGUUUUGUCUAUUUUGAUUUCCGCCCCCACCCCUUCUCACCAGAAUUAGAUUAUUAAGUAGGUUAACGAAUCUGUGCUUUGGAGGAGAGAAUGGCUGCAUUUCUUGUAAUAAAUAUGAUGAUGAUGAUAUUUAUAAGACUACCUUCAGAAUCCAUACUGUGAUAUCAUCUUACCUGUCGAUAAACAUUUCAAUCAAUGCGUAUAAAAUGUUUUGUGAUUUAUUUUGUGUGUGUGUGUGUGUUUAGUUUAAUAUUUGAUGGCUUAAAAUCUAUUUAGAAUAACUUUUAAUUAAUUAUUCAUCACUUGCACAAAAGGAAGUAAAAAUUCAACUUAGACUUCAAUUGGUGGGGAAAUAAUUCUAAAAUUAUUUUCUUUUUCAAGAAGCAAAUACCAUUAUUGUUUCUCAUCUUAAAUAUUUUUCCUAAAUUUAUUUAAUAAAAACUAUACUUACAUUUUUUUUUUCAAUUUAUUGGUAUUAGAUGUUAAUUAAAUAAUACUCUUUUUAUCAGGAUAUUUAUCUAGUUUUCAAAGUACAGAAAGAAAGAUUAUUUCAUAAAACAAUACAAAUAUAUAUUUUGAACAAUCAACAAAACUUAGAUUUAAGCAAGACAUUACUAAACUAUCAGCUUAUAACACCAUGAUUACGUUAGAAACAAUGGUUUGAUUACAUUAAGCCUAUUCUAAAACAUCUCUUAAUUAUCAUAUUAAUCAUCAAUGACCAUUGUUAACAAGGAAAAUUAAAGUGAUUUUUAUUAGAUUUUAUUCAGAUCACCACACACACACACACACACAUUCUAUUUUUAGAUUGUCAAUAAAGUUGUUGGUAAUAAAAAAAAAGGCUUCUUUCUUCAUCUCUCUCUCUCUCUCUCUCCUAUUGUGGGCCAAAAAUGGGGUUGUUUGUUAUUAAUAAUUUUAAGUAUCUUUCAAAGAUGAAAAAGAAAAAGCUAUUGUUUAUUCUGUUUUGUUAUGAAUAUGUUUUUUUUUUUUCCUUUUUGAAUCAAAUUUUAUUUUUUCCAAUGUUAGACUAUAUUACUCUUAAAUGAUUCUGUACAACAUUGCUUAACAAAUUAUUAUGGAGAAAUAAAAGAAUUAAAAACA